ACUGUUAAUCCAUUAAUCUAUUGACCAAUUAUGCCAGUGUUCACAAUUUCAAAAUCGCGUGAUGACCAACAGAUCGUCUCUUUUCAAAUGGAAAUAUGAGAAAUUAGUUGAUCAAGAGAUUGACCAACAACACCAAGAAAACUUGAACCUUCUUGGUAAUAAAUGCGAUUACAAUAAUGACCUUUCACAUGGACAAAAGUUACUACAAUCUCAGCGACAAAUAACCACAAAUAACCAGGAGACAAUUAUACCAGAUCUAGAAUUUAGUAACGAUUAUUAUGAACUCAAAAAGCGAUCUCAAAAAGAAAGACAAUCAAACAAAAAGCCUGACCAUCAUCAUUACAUUUUCCAUAGGAUUGAAAAAGGUGAUACCCUUCAAGGAAUCGCCCUUAAAUGGUAUUGUUCAUUACAUGAGCUUAAACGGGUUAACAAUUUAGUUUCUGAUCAAGAUUUUCAUGCACUUGCUGUCAUUAAAAUACCUGAUAAAAAGUAUGAGACUAUUUUCAAUCUAUUGAUUCAAUAUAUUUGUUUCAUUUUAUAA